AAAAAUACCUCUCACAAACAUACAGACUGAGAAAACGAGGAGAGAGAAAGGUAGAGAGGAGGGAGGGAGAGAGAGAGAGAGAGAGUGUGACUUUCUCAGGCUUCGAGAACCAGAACCCACCUCGUGUCUUGUAUAUAUAUACCCCUACCGUCACUCAACUUACCCACCAUUCAAAUCAAAACCCACCUCACUCCUGCACUGAACAAAUAACAAAAACCCAGUUUUUAGUUCAACCCAUUUGAGAAAAGGCAAUGGAGUCAUCAGAUAAGGUGGUGGAAACAGUGAUAGUAGGAAAUUAUGUAGAAAUGGAGGCAGAUGGGAAGGCCAAGAGCUUCAAGAGCAAGCUCUCCAAGUUCUUCUGGGAUGGUGGGUCUGCUUAUGAUGCUUGGUUCAGCUGUGCUUCUAAUCAGGUGGCUCAAGUUCUGCUUACUUUGCCGUACUCGUUCUCGCAGCUGGGAAUGCUCUCUGGGAUUCUCUUCCAGCUUUUCUAUGGCUUGCUGGGCAGCUGGACUGCUUACCUCAUUAGCACACUCUAUAUCGAAUACAGAACAAGAAAAGAAAGAGAAAAGGUUGAUUUCAGAAACCAUGUCAUCCAGUGGUUUGAAGUUCUUGAUGGGCUGCUUGGGAAACACUGGAGGAACGUGGGGUUGGCAUUUAACUGCACAUUUCUUCUGUUUGGAUCUGUCAUUCAACUGAUAGCUUGUGCAAGUAAUAUAUAUUACAUAAAUGAUAAUCUGGACAAGAGGACUUGGACUUAUAUCUUCGGAGCUUGCUGUGCCACCACUGUCUUUAUCCCUUCAUUUCACAACUACAGAGUUUGGUCAUUUUUGGGCCUUGUUAUGACCACUUACACUGCUUGGUACCUUACCAUUGCCUCCUUCCUCCAUGGCCAGGUUGAGGGAGUGAAGCACUCUGGUCCGACUAAGGUGGUGCUAUACUUCACUGGGGCCACAAACAUUCUCUACACUUUUGGAGGACAUGCUGUUACUGUGGAGAUCAUGCAUGCGAUGUGGAAACCUCAGAAGUUCAAGGCCAUAUAUUUAUUUGCUACCCUGUAUGUGCUGACAUUGACCCUGCCCUCUGCAUCAGCAGUGUAUUGGGCAUUUGGAGACUUGCUUCUUAACCACUCCAACGCUUUCGCUCUCCUCCCUAAAUCUCCCUUCAGAGACAUGGCUGUCAUUUUAAUGCUCAUCCACCAGUUUAUAACAUUUGGGUUUGCAUGCACACCACUAUACUUUGUGUGGGAGAAAGCCAUAGGCAUGCAUGAAUGCAAAAGCUUGUGCAAGAGAGCAGCAGCAAGACUGCCUGUGGUGAUCCCAAUCUGGUUCUUGGCCAUCAUCUUCCCAUUCUUUGGACCCAUCAACUCGACCGUUGGAUCACUCCUAGUCAGCUUCACAGUCUACAUUAUCCCAGCCCUGGCCCACAUUUUCACAUACAGAUCAGCUGCUGCAAGAGAGAAUGCUGUGGAGAGUCCACCAAGGUUCCUAGGAGGAUGGAUAGGAUCAUACACAAUCAAUGUGUUUGUGGUGGUGUGGGUGUUUGUAGUUGGAUUUGGAUUCGGUGGGUGGGCGAGCAUUACGAACUUUGUACACCAGAUCGACACGUUUGGCCUCUUCACCAAGUGUUACCAAUGCCCUCUGCCGCCGCCGCCCGCGAUCUUCAACACAACCUCAGCUCCUCCUCCUCUCCACCACCCUCUGCCUAGCAAUCACUCCCAUACCCCAUAAUUCAUCCACUCCCACUUUUGAUUAUUCCGUCCCAAGUAGUAGGCCCCAAUGGACACAACAGACUUAGAGUUGAAUGUGAAAAUCCAUGGAGAGAGAUGUUUGUGGCCUAAAUUACCACUUCCACCCCUUCUAAGUACACAGCCCCUAUUUUUCUCUUUAAAUUUUCUGCCUUGGUUGUUUAGGGUUUAGGGUUAUUGCCAUGAGUCAAGAAAAAGGGGCAACAAAAUGUAUGAAAUAUUUUGAACUUAAAUUUCUAAUCUUCGUUAUACAAUGAUCAACUGGUUGUCCUUCAA